AUGGCGAAUUGCUACCUCUAUAACCUCCCAAACGAACUACUCCUGCACCUCUUUGCCCCCAUAACUACGCCCGAGCUUCUGCCUCUGACCUCGAUCUCGCGCCGACUGUCUACUACAAUACUCAGAAUUCUGCACAACAGACUCGUUGCAGCAGCCGAGCUCAACUCACAUUCUCUAUUGCUUGAAUGCUAUCAUCCCUCGGCGAAGCUGUUCGAGCCGCCAUACUUUUGCACCUACCGUGGUACCGAAGGUCUAUCCUUAUACACAUCUGAGGCUGAUGAUGAAGCCAACAUUGGACAACGGCUGGCAAAGAUGCGCAACAUGUACUCCCGCUUCAGGCCACAUCAACGAGAACUCGAAGAAGGUGGCAGAAAGGUGCUACGGCGACCAGGGGAUGUGCCUGGAAGCCGCACCUUCCCGGGCACUGCGCAGGAUAAAUACGAAGGCGAGACUGUCAAGCAGACGUUGAGCCUGGAAGCGCAUGAGCUGUUUACUCAACUCGUGUCGCAAGCAAACUUGGUCAAGAUUGGGCCGCGACAUGGACUCUUUACCUGCUUUGUUGAUGUUGAAGAAGGCGUGAUGAGAGUGUGGAAAGACUGGCUAGCAGAGAUGGCGGCAAAAGGCCGGCAAGAGAGAGCUGCCGCACCGAUAGAAACUGUAGACAUUGUAGAGGAGAUGGGAAAGGGCAAAGCGGCCGUGAAGGAGAACGAGGAAAAAGUUGACAUGAACGAUCCGAGAAUACUAUGGGUGAGCGGGUCCAAGAACACAGGCAUACGCUUCAAUGUAAAGGAGCGGAAGUUUCGCAGAGACACACCCAUCCUCAUUCGAUCAGACGAAGACAUGCCUGUGUCCUACGAGAUUGAAUAUGAUGAGCUGUUCGUGCGGACAUCCCAUCUCCUCCUAACGCUUGAGAAGUCGUUGGUGCAGGAAGACAAUUCAACUGGGAAAGCAGUGGUUUUCGGAUCCUUUGGAUAA